AUGCCGCUUAUAUUUGAAAUUUGAACUUCAACAAUUGCGCCCUUGUAUGGUUGCGCCUAUAGAGGCCGAGCGGCAAUCAACAAAAACCUGCGCUGUACGCUAGUCGCGGAUUGCAAAAUUUGUGCAAUAGUAUUCGCAACGUGCUGCAAGCUACUUCUGACAGUAACAGAUCCAGCAAUAAACGUGAUAAAAAUGGAAAUUUGGUUGCAAGAAAAUUUAUCGGGACUCCUAGAUUUUCCAGUACCGAGCGAUUUGACGUCCUACAUUUUGCAAAUGCAUAACUCUCGAGAUUUAGAUGAAUACCUGAAAACUCUGCUGGACUACGACAAUCCAAAGCACAGGCAAUUCGUUAAUGAACUGAAAAAACGAAAAGCGUCAAACAAUGAUUUGAUUGGCUAUAAAAAGUCAACUGUCGAUGAAACUUUCAUCAAUCAGAAGCAAAAUGAAAAGAAAAAAGGCAAAGCAAAAGCAUCGAAUCAACAGACACAGGAAAUCAUUAAGUCUGAAAAAGUAGAGAAGAAGAAAAACAAGUUUGUCAAUCUUUACUCAGCAGAUGGUAAAGACAAAAUAAUAUUAUUAAAAGGUAGGCAUAAGUGCAAUUGCGAAGCUAAGAAACAUGCAUUAGUGAACAAUUGCGUUAGUUGUGGAAGAAUAGUUUGCAUGCAAGAAGGAGCUGGACCUUGUUUUUGCUGUGGAGAUUUAGUAUGCUCUCCUGAUCAGCAAGCUCUACUUUCGAGUAAUAGUAGACAAGCUGAUAAUCUAUAUAACAAACUUAUGGAUCAGAAACCACCUAAAGAUGUUGAAGAAUCCCUCAAACACCGAAACAAACUUCUUGAAUAUGAUCGCAAUAGUGCGCGAAGAACAGAAGUAAUUGAUGACGAGUCAGACUAUUAUCAGACGAAUAGUGUAUGGCUUUCCAAGACUGAACGAGAAAAAUUGGAACAGCAUGAAAAUGAAAUGAGAGCUAAAAAGCAUGGAUCACGUUUGAAUCGAAAAGUCACUCUUGAUUUUGCUGGUAGAGAAAUAAUUGAUGAGGCUGACUAUAUCGACGAAGCGAGUGACCCAGUAUUAAGAAGUAUUAUCGCUUCUCAGUCAAACAGUAAUACUAAUAUAUGUAGCAAUAUAUGCCCAACUGUGGAAUUCAAUCAACCAUCCUAUGUGGAUGUUGGAAUACUGGAUUCAAAGAGACUUAGAAAAAUGGAUCCUACUUUAGGUCACAACCGAAUUCAGGAUAAAGAAUAUUUAGAAAUGGUUGACGAAGGCCUGUGCCUUAGCAUGCAUCAGCCUUAUGCCUCCCUUCUUGUUUCUGGAAUAAAAACUCAUGAAGGACGGGUCUGGUAUUCAGCCCAUAGAGGCAGACUCUGGAUUGCAGCAGCUUCCAAAGCUCCGACCAGCGAAGAGAUCACCAUAUUAGAAAACAGAUAUCGAAUUCUAAAAAGUGGAAACCUGAAAUUUCCGACCAACUACCCAACCAGUUGUUUGUUAGGGUGUGUAACAGUUGUUGAUGUACUUUCUCAGGAGGAAUAUCGUAAACAAUAUCCUGAAGGGGAUAGCGACAGCCCAUACGUUUUUAUUUGCGAAGAUUGGCAUGAGCUGCCCAUAAGAUUCCCCAUACAAGGGAAACACAAAAUCUACAAAUUAGACAGUAAAAUACACCAAGCCGCAAUGAAAUCUUUACAGCGUAAAAUGAAGCUAUUAGGAGGAUCGUAAUUUCACAAUUAGUUCUUUGUCGAAAAUUAUAGCUUCCUGUAUUUUCCUCUGGAACAAACAAAUUCCAUUCCAGUACAUCUCAUUGAUUGCAUUGGGUUGAAGAAAAAUCACUCAAGGUACAAAAUACUUGAUUAGUAAAAAUACAUCUUUUAUUAUCAUAGAAGUUCUAUUAUAUCAUGUAUCAUAUUCAAAACAGUAUAAUUUCACAAUAACUUAUGCAAAUACAGAAAGUCUGAAGUA